UAGGGUCACCACCACGAGCCUAGCGACGGAGAGCACACAGUACGCGCGCACCGUCCGAGCACAACCAUGCAGCAGUUCCGUGCGGCGCUGGCGCUGUUCGCGCUAAUGGCCAUCGCCGUCACCCGCCCGACCGCGGCCGACGAUCUCAGCCUGGACGAUCUGAUCAACUCCGUGUUUACGACGGUGGCGCCCGGCAAGGGAGCGCCACCGCCGACCAGUGCGCCGCCCCUGCCGCCGACGCCCGACGUUGGCGUGAAGGGUGGACCGUGCGGAGGGGAAGCGGUAUGCAUCCAGAAGUAUCUCUGCUCGAACAGCAGCACCUCCGGCGAGGGCCUGAUCGAUAUUCGCUUCUCCGACGACAACCCGUGCGUCGACUAUCUGCUCCAGUGCUGCUUCGAGGAAGACAUUAUUCAACCUCCUCCGCCAGUACCGCCGGCACCGGGUCCGAACCCCGGUCCCGGUCCGAGUCCCGGUCCCGGUCCGGCCCCGAUUCCACCCCCCAUGCCCGAAUCGCGCUGCGGCCGCCGUAACGUGGACGGUAUCGGGUUCCGCAUCACCGGCUCGAAGAACAGCGAGGCCGAGUACGGCGAGUUCCCGUGGAUGGUGGCGAUCCUCAAGACGGAGGAGGUGCUCGGCCAGCUGCGCGAGAACGUCUACACCUGCGGCGGUUCGCUCAUCCACCGGCAGGUCGUGCUGACCGGCGCCCACUGCGUGCAGAACAAGCAGCCGUCCCAGCUCAAGGUGCGCGUCGGCGAGUGGGACACCCAGACGAAGAACGAGAUCUACCCGCACCAGGACCGCUCGGUGGUGGAGAUUGUCGUCCAUCCCGACUACUACAAGGGCGGCCUGCACAACGAUGUGGCCCUACUGUUCCUCAACGCCCCGGUCGAACCGAACGAAAGCAUCCAGACGGUGUGUCUGCCCCCGCAGGACAUGGCGUUCAACCACGAGACGUGCUUUGCCAGCGGCUGGGGCAAGGACGUGUUCGGUAAGGCCGGCACGUACCAGGUCAUACUGAAGAAGAUCGAUCUGCCGGUCGUGCCGAACGAUCAGUGCCAGACGGCGCUGCGCACCACGCGCCUCGGGCCCAAGUUUAACCUGCACAAGAGCUUCAUCUGUGCGGGCGGUGUGCCCGGCAAGGAUACGUGCAAGGGUGACGGCGGUUCGCCGCUCGUCUGUCCCAUCCCGAACUCGCCCCACCACUACUACCAGACGGGGCUGGUCGCGUGGGGCAUCGGCUGCGGCGAGAACGGCAUCCCGGGCGUGUACGCCAACGUGGCCAAGUUCCGCGGCUGGAUCGAUCAGCACAUGGUGCAGCGCAACUUCGGCACGGACAGCUACACGCCCUAGGUGGCGACGGUAGGGUAAAGAUUUUGGGUUUAUAAACGUGCAGGAAGAAGAAGCAAGGCUUGCCGCUUAUCAGCUCGAGCCACAUACACACGGGAUUUGACCCCAUCGGGACGACCCCCCGACCCAAAUUCCCAACAAAGUGACAACCCCAAGACGUGGUGUGGUGUGAAAGCUGUUCUGUCCUCUUCCAUCUAGCAUCAGUACGUGAUUUAUGAUAACUUUUAAAAGAACAAAUGUGUAAACACAAUAAAACUCCUCUAACAAACAUAA